GGAGGUCCGUGGACGGUGGUGGUGCUGCGUGUGAGAGAAGCCGCCUGUUGGUGCCGUUCUGGGGCAUGUGGCUCAGAGGAAUGGGGCCGUCUUCCACCCUGACCCAUCGAUGAGAAAAAAAGAAAAAAGGCGACCGAGAGGGGGAUGCACAGCGGGGCAGGAGAAAGGCAGCUUUACAGGCGGAAAAUCGUGGCUGCUGAAGCUGCUGAACAUGGAGAGUCGCCUGGUUUGUGGGAUAAGCGGUGCCGUAGGGGAACAGUGAGUUUUUAGCAGACACGGGUUUGAUUUCCACUUUGUUCCUCGAGCCGUUUGCGUUGUUAAACACAUCUGCAACGAUGCGGGCUGUGGACCGGAGCAGGACCGCCGCGAUUUUACUCUGCCUUUUCGGAUACCUUUUCUCCAAAGCUGCGACCAAAACAUUACAGGAGGACACGGCUACACAAGAUGUGACUCUUAAGGUUCACCUGAGCGAUGCCAGCACUCACCAGCCCCUGGUUGGAGCCACCGUACAGCUUUUUGCCAAUCGUACUUCUUUAACAACUGAAACCUCAUCAGCCGACGGCAACAUUUACCUGCGUUUUCCCUAUCGCCUUGGGACGCCGCUUGUUGUCACCGCAACUAAACAGGGAUAUGUGCCUAACUCUGUGCCCUGGACUCCCUCCAGAUUACCUGUAUUUUCAUCCAUCAGCCUGGACCUGCUGCCAGAAAGAGCUGCAACUCUGAUGGUGUACGAAGAUGUUGUUGAGAUUGUUCCAGGAUUACAAGGUUUAAGAGUCCAGCCCAGGGUUAGUUUCCUGCACAGAGCUCUCAGUCUUCCUCCCAACACAUCGUACGCCAACCUGACCGCGCUGCUCACCGUGGCAACCUCCCCCUCACACAUCCAGCACUUUCCCCACCUGGAGAUGCUCAGUGGCAACGGCACAGGUGAAGGCACGGAGAAGACGUUCGAGUUGACUCCUGUCGCAGCCAUCUCUGUUCACCUGUUGGCCGGCGAUGGAGUGGAGCUGCAGGUGACUGGGCCAAUCACCUUCUCUGUGCCCCUCCCGCCUGAUAGUGGCCUGAAGGAAAAUGAUCACCUCCCUACUUGGAGAUUUGACCCGCGCUUAGGUAUCUGGAUAAAGAGCAGCUGGGCUCAGGUGCAGAGGGAGGGAAACCAGCUCAGUCUAACCUACAUUGUUCCUCAGCUGGGGUAUUGGGUGGCCGCCAUGUCGUCUCUACACACCGGUCCAAUGGUUGCAAAGGACAUCAGCACGUACCACACUGUGUUUCUGUUGGCCAUACUGGGAGGCAUGGCUCUCAUCCUGCUCUGUCUGCUCUGCCUCCUGCUGUACUACUGCAGACGUCGAUGUUUAAAGCCACGAGGGUCUCACCGCAAGCUCACGCUGUCCUCUGGACUGGACAGCAGUAAGAGGGACCAAGCCACGUCCAUGUCUCACCUUAACCUCAUCAGCAAUGAGGUGCAGCUGGAGCUUGUUUCCACGGGGACUGAGCCUGACAUGACCACUCCGAUGCUCAAGCCUUCCUCAUAUGAGCACCGAGACAAUCAACGUCAACACAGCCUUAUCCAUCAAAACAAACACAGCCGCUCCUCUCUCGGCAACAACAGCCACCACGGGUCAUCUCUGGGCAAUCUGACGCCUCGCAGCCGAGACUACCGACAGUCUGUAGAGACGUUUCAACUGAGGGCUGCUCUAUCAUCGGGGACAGAGAGGGGCUACCGUCAAUCAUACACCUCCUUCUGUUCAUCUAGCAACCAGAUUUCAGAUGCGUUGUCAUCCACUAAUCAUGGUCAAGUGUCAGCUACACAGCUUAGCAGUGUUGGGAUUAUUGAUUGCAUCUCCCCUUCAUCUCCUCCGCACUCCCCCAGCAGAGGGGAGGGAGGUGAGUGCAGGGCUGCUGACCACCUUCUGUCCCGGUCUGUGGACCACCUGGAGCGGCCCAGUCCCCAGUUGCUCUCCCGGCCAGGCCAGCUGCUCUGCUGCGGCUCUGUAGAUCUGCUGAGUGGAGGGGAAGGCUACUCAAGAGUGCGACCCACACUUGUAAUCCCAGCACACUACAUGCGGCUGCCUGGGGAGCACCCUCUGUCUGGUCAGGCGCUCCUGCUGCAGACUGACCAGCAGAGUGACUUAGAGACCAUCCAGGCUGAGCUCAAUGCCUCACAUUCCCAGCAGCCCCUGGGGCAAACCCCCACUGACUGCGACCCAGGUCCAAAAAAGCAGGGUAAAGGCGAGGGUAUCUCAGGCCUGUCAGAGUCUCUGUCUAUUCCAGGAGCUCUCGGGGAGUCGGGUCUUGUGGAAAUAAACAGCGAGGACACCUUGCUGGCUGAAAAGACUUUAAUGGAGCUGAGAGGAGGGAAGCCUCUGCCUCACCCACGAGCCUGGUUUGUCUCCCUGGAUGGACGCUCCAAUGCUCACAUUCGCCACUCCUACAUCGAUCUCCAGCGGGCAGGGUGCCACAACAACAACAACAGCACACCUAGUGCAGGAGGUCAGCAAGGUAGCAGCCGUCAAGGGAGGCAUGGCAGUUGUAACGAUGCCAGUCUGGACUCGGGUGUGGACCUGAACGAGCCGAGAGCGGGGCGCAGGGGGAGAGAUGCUGAGCAGGAGGAAAGGGGGAUUGAGAAAGACAGAUCAAAGGGGGCGACGCCAGCCUCGGCCUACACUCAGCUGGUGUUUGUGGAUGAUCUGAAUGUGGGAGGCUGUGAGGAGGAGAAGUGCACCCACAAGGGCAGCAAAUCUGGACCUGUCUUGUCAGACAAAGGAGAGAGUAACAGAGUGGAUCAGGGGCAGGGGGAUGCAGUGGGUAAAACAGCUGAGGGAGUACAAAUACAGGAGGAGCCACCCUCACUUUCCUCUGCAUCCCCUACUUCUCCUCCGCCCCUGCCAACUCCAGAGGGAGUGACUUUCAGGACUGAUCACGCGCUGCUGUCAGUGUCUCCGGAUGAGGACGCAGCACACGAUGAUGCAGAAGAGGAGAAGAAAAGCCCCUGGCAAAGGAGGGAGGAGCGACCCCUGCUGGCCUUCAACCUCAAAUGAUUCACAGAUGACAAAGGAAAGAUUCACAUUUUUCAAGUCUGUUUGAAGUAGAAUGCCAGUUUAAGGCUUUUUUUAAGUUGCCAUGCUGUUUUAAAAAAAAAAAAAUCAGCGUUAAUUAAACAAUCUCUUUCCCCUUCUGGGAAAAAUUUAUCAAAGUUAACAAGAUGUUGAGCAAAGUUAAGUAAGGUUUAAUCAUAAAAUCUCAGUGAAAACUGAUCUUCAAGUUGAAAUGAGAAGCACGCUAAAUAUUUAACAUUUCAGACAUGGGAGAGAGUCUCAGUAUGCGUGCCAUAAAGCAACGAUAAAAAAGCAUAACCACACUGCACAGCAUUGCCGCUAAAAACUGGAUUUGUGUGUUGCCGAGAGAGCUGUACCCCACCCCUCCAACUCAUGCUCAAAGAAUGAGGUGUCCUGAUCCAAGCAGAAGUGGUGUUGUUGAGGUUAAAGUGUCAUCGUGUUCUUAUUAUUGCUGUUUUGAGCAUUUUCUAGUGAGCUAGGCAACUCACAAAGUCACAUUAGAGGCAUGCUCAGUGGUAAUCCUGUCCACUAAUGUGGCUGAAUGCAUCCAUUCUGGGGAGUGCAACUGUGAUUUAUUUCCUCCACUUUUCAAUACACUUCACUUUCAGAGGCAGCAUCUUUUCAGGCACUAUGUGGAGAAGGAAAGGUACUAGGAGGAGGAAAAAUGAUCAGGAAACACAAGUGCAUGUCGGUUCUGCUUUGAAACAGACUUGGAAGAGUGUAAAUCUGCCCGUUAACCACAAGUCCUCCUCUGCUCAGACCACAACAUGAAGGAUAUAUGUGUUUAAAUUGAAGCCGUUUGUUCUUAAUAUAGCACUGAAUCAAUACUUUAGCACUGGGAGCCCAUCUGGUUGAGAAAUGAACACUUCUGCUGGACUCUUAAUGACCACUGUUGUACUUCACUUUUCAUGAAACGCUACAUAAACAGACCACUCGUCAGGCGUGGCGAACACAUUGCCUGAGGGGAGACAUAAAGACGCUGGAGGCACGAAAUUAGGAUAUUUUAUGCACAACAAAUAUAUGCCUUUUUAAUAAAUAGCCUUGCAAGCAUAAAUGAACUGUAGUAGAAGCAGUCGAUGGGUGGUUCAUGGAAAAUCCGAGACUACAAAAAACUUUCUUUCUUGAGCCAUAUUGUCCUCAGUCCAUUAGCUUAAUCUAGUAACAUGCAGCAACACUCGUUUGAAGGUCAUAACCCCGGUUUGUUCACACUGACUGAUGUCUGAGAUUAUGAAACAUCUGUGCAAAACGGGGCAGCCGUGUUCGAGGGAUUUACUUUGAACGGUUGGUGGUAUGUUGCUAGAGUUUAAUCUAGCCCAUCAGAAGGCUUUGUGGGAGAUAAGGUUUCUGGACUGAGGAGGUUUAACCACUAUCUGCUCUGUAGCAUAAUCAGAUAAUGUGACACACCGCUAUGCUGGUGGGUAAGGAUGUAAUACCACUUCAAAGCCACCCAAAUUAGUUGUGAGGGAUAUUGGUAUGAAGGGUUUUGUAACUGUUGAACCACUGACUGGUGUAUUUUUUAUGUUUUGCUUUGAAGGCUAUGCAUAACUUUUAUAUGGCUGCUUGAUGCCUUUUUUUUUUGUAAUUUUAAUCAUAAUUUUAAUUGCCAAACAUGAAGUAUUUUAUCUGAGAAUAGGCUAUUUUUUUUUCUUUCUUUUAAAUAUGUUAAGGGCUUUUCCUCCGUACCCACCUUAACGUUCAAGCUAUAAAAGCAAACGCUCGAUAACCUUUCACCUGAAAUGCAAACUGUAUUUGCUUGCUGUGUUUCACCUCCAUUUGAACCACUCACCCACGAUCCAAGUGCCUUUGAAUAGCCUGACUCUACAGCAACUGAUUACCUUAUUUAUUUCUCACCUCCUUUUGCCUUCGUCCGCCCUCCCCCUCCUUCCUACCUCAGCCCUUACUUUCUCUCCUGCUUGUGAAAGAAAGCAUGCAGUAAACUUUCCUCAGCACUAGCGUAUAACAAGCUACACUGCAGACAUCUCAGAAAAUGUCUACCAGCUGCUGCAAUCGUAAAAUCCUCUACAGUAAUCAGCAAGAGUUCAGUCUCCCUCAGAGUAAGCAGUUAAAGAUGUUUUGUUUUUGUGUGUGUGUGUGUGUGUGUGUGUGUGGUGGUGUGUGUUGUGUGUGUGUGUGUGUGUGGCACUGGAUAUGUGAAACUACACUGCAGGUCGUUUCAGUGCAUUUUCUUAUUUUUGUGUUUUGUGGGUGAACGUUUGUCUGAAAUGUGUUUUGCAGUGGCGGCUGAGGUGAUGCUGACUGAUCAACAUGCAUCCAGUCAAGGUUCACAUAGACAAAGCAGCCAUAUUACAGAGUGUGUAUAGUCUUUCCUUACCUCUGCCUUAUCAAAAUAAUGUGUGUCUUUGUGUUAUGAAUGGCCUUUUCUCUUUUAGUUUCCCACACAGCAAUCUCCCCUUUUAGGGUGGAUGAGCAAUACAGUAUCUUUGAGUGUGUAAAUCAGAUGCUUGCAUUAUAUUUGAAGCCUGUUAUUCUGAAUAAACAGCCAAACUGGAA